AACACUUCUAAAAUUUAAACAUCGGAGCAUACCUCCUAUAAGAUUAUAUUAUUAUAGUUCAACCUGUUGUGUGGGUGAGGUAAAGUCAUUGUAUGACAAGUGUCUCAUACUCAUUUUAUCAUCUCAUUUAUAGAUAUCACUUACUAUCUUACUGAGUCAUGUUAAAGAUAUUUAUAACAGCAAAUACAAUUGGAACUUUUUUUAAAAUUGGCAGUGCUCUGUGAUUUAAGAAUGUUAUUAUUUGGAGUAUUAAUGUUGAUUUUGAUGUGUUGCAUUCUCAAUUAUGAUGAUAUUAUAUCCCCUUUGUUAUUUCCAGGCCCAAUUUUGUUUGUGAAGAAGUUCUCAUACAAAGAUGUAAAGAGGGCAACUGAUGGCUUUCACAGGAUAGUAUAUAGCAAUUCCCAUGGGGCUGCCUAUAAGGCCAAAUUUGAAGGUGGUGAAGUUGCUUUGGUAAAAGAAGUAAGAGCUUUUGAUGAACGAAAAGAGAGCUUCUACAGAGAAGUGCAAUUCUUGGGGCGAUUGCAUCACCGUCAUCUUCUUGCACUCAGGGGGUUUUCCACAGGGCAUAAGAGGUUACUAGUGUUUGACAAUAUUGAAAAUGGAAGCUUGAAGGAACAGUUUAAUGAUCCUCUCAGAACUCCUUUGAAUUGGAAAGCAAGGCUACAAAUAGCUGUUGGUGUGGCAGCAGCAUUGGAAUACUUACUUCUUUUCAGUAAUCCACCGGUUUAUCACAUCUCCAUCAGCUCAAGUAACAUCAUGUUAGAUGAAAACUAUACGGCAAAGCUGUCUGAUGUUGGCCUUCUUAGUACAGUUGGAACUUAUGUUAAAAUGCCUCAUUCCUCAUGUUCGGAAGAAUGUUUGGGUCAAGAAUGUGGCAACAUAAUUUUUCAGCUCGGAGUGCUGAUAUUGGAGCUAAUAACAGGCCAGUCAUCGGAGCAAGGAGGCACUGAUUUAAUCGAAUGGGUCCAAGGAUCUCGCCUUAGCAGUUCCAUUCAUAUGAUGAUAGAUCCAGACCUAGGGAACAACUAUGAUUCUAGGGAGCUUAAAAAGCUUCUAGUUAUAGCAAGAUUAUGUAUAAAAUCUAAGAAUGACCCAAAAUUUCCUGUUUCCCUGGUAUUUCGUUAUCUCCAGAAAAAGGUACACAUUCCUUAUUAAGAUGAGGCCUUUUUUCUGUACAAAAUUUUCAUGUUUAUAGGAAGUUGAGUUUAUUCUUUCAUGGAGUUUUGACAAUGACUUUCAUAUAUCUUGAACUAUCAUGUAGAGAGAUGGACCAGAUUGCAAUAGCAAUGUGAUCAAGAAUUGUUUCAUUUUCCUUUCUGUCAUGUUUUUUUUUUUGAGACAGUUACAAAUAGUCGAACUAACUAUCGUGUGCUCGUUUGGAUGGUUGUCGAACUAGGUGGCAGGGUGUGCAGCCAUGCGAACA